AUCGGAAUACAAACUUGAUCAGUUUCGAUUUCUGAAUCACUCAUGUUUCGUAUUAGAAACGUGAUGAAUUGUAACACGAUAUGUCCGUGAAUUUAUUUCAAGGGAUAUAAAUAUUUUGCGUUAUUUAUUAAUUAUCAAUAAAUUGCUUUCAUCUUCUUUUAAUAAUUUUGAUUUUUUUCUGUGCAGUGAAAAAACAUCGAUCAACUUCUCAUUUGCUCAUGUAUGGUUAUGUCUUCUAAAACAUAACCUUGCAAUUGUUCAAGUUGCAGAGCCACAUAUGCUCUUUUUCGGAAGAUAAAUAUUAUCCAUUAGAAAACAUGGGCAAGAAAGACAAAGGAGGAAGUGGUAAUUUAGGGAAAUCUUUAAUCAGGGAUCGAUUUGGAAAUCGAUCUAGGAAAAGUAGGAGGACCGGCAAUGAGCCGUCUAUGCUUCACACUACAGAGAUUAAUGACGGUUACGAUUGGGGUCGACUCAACUUGCAAUCGGUUACAGAGGAGAGCUCGUUUCAAGAGUUUCUAUCGACUGCUGAACUCGCAGGAACAGAGUUUAAUGCGGAGAAAUUAAAUAUUAAGUUUGUGAAUCCCAACAGUGGUGGUUUACUUUCAAAGAGUGAAAAGAAGAAAGUAUUGGAAAUACAAGAAGAAAACAAGAGUUUCGUUAAAAUACCUAGAAGACCUAAAUGGAACAGUUCCAUAAAUGCCGAGGAACUACAUACUCUUGAGAAAGAGGCGUUUUUAGAGUGGAGACGUCAUUUGGCCUCGUUGCAAGAAAUCGAAGGAUUAAUAUUGACGCCUUACGAGAGGAAUUUAGAAUUUUGGCGACAAUUGUGGAGAGUGGUAGAACGUAGUGAUGUUAUUGUACAAAUUGUAGACGCACGCAAUCCAUUGCUCUUUCGUUGUGAAGAUUUGGAGCGUUAUGUUAAGGAAGUACAUCCUGACAAAUUAAAUAUGAUUCUUCUUAAUAAAGCAGACUUCUUAACGGAUGAGCAAAGAGAUGCAUGGGCGAAAUAUUUUACAGAUAUAAAUGUACGAGUAGCUUUCUUCUCUGCUACGUUAGCAGCAGAAAAACAGCAGAUACAAGAAAAAGACAAGGAUGAAGCAAAAUCGAUAAAUAAAAAUGAUGAGGAUCAUCUUGAUAAAGAAGAUGAAGAUAGCAUUGACGAAUGGAACUCUGAAUUUGCUUCAGAAUCCGAAUAUGAAAGCGCGAAUGACGUUGACAAUGAUAUGUGUUUUGUACCUAAUAUAGAAAUUGCUAAUGAUAAACAAGUGGAAGUUGAAUGCGCGAUGGAGAGCUUAAGAAUCUCUAGAGAGACAAACUUGGGAGAUGAAAUAGAAAAAGUAGUUAAUUCAUCAAAAUUAUUAAACAGGGACGAUCUCGUGGAAUUAUUUAAAACUUUUUACAGCGGGAAAACCUAUACUAAUGGAGUGACAACGAUUGGUUUGGUAGGAUAUCCUAAUGUAGGAAAAAGUUCUACCAUUAAUACUUUGCUCAUGAACAAAAAAGUUUCCGUGUCUGCUACACCAGGCAAAACUAAGCACUUUCAAACGUUGUAUUUAGACAAGGAUUUGUUACUAUGUGACUGUCCAGGUUUGGUGAUGCCAAGCUUUGUUUGUACAAAAGCAGAAAUGAUUUUGAAUGGUAUAUUGCCGAUCGAUCAAAUGCGAGACCAUGUACCAGCAAUUACAUUAUUGGCUACAUUGAUACCUAGGCACAUUCUAGAGGAUCUAUAUGGUUUUAUGUUACCUGCACCACUCGAGGGAGAAGAUUCGAAUUGUGCACCAACUGCAGAGGAGCUUUUGAACGCGUACGGUUAUAAUAGAGGUUUUAUGACUCAGAACGGUCAACCGGAUAAUCCACGUUCAGCCAGAUACAUUUUAAAAGAUUUCGUUAAUGGUAAAUUGCUAUACUGCGUUGCACCGCUAACGUUUAACCAAGAGCGCUUUCACACAUUUCCGCCGCGACGUCGCAAUAUAUCCAUGAACAAGCACGUACCACCUCGAACGAUUCGCGUAAAUGAAGGAUGUCGGAUAACGACUAAUGACGUGGAUCGGAAGUUCUUCCAGGAUAUACACGUCAAAAAGAUCCAUGGACCUGUGCUGCAAUAUUCUACAAUGCACGCGGGAUCAACGGUUACUUUGACAGAAUCGAUUGACGGUCAGUCCGAUAGAAUCCAGAAACCAUGGAAAAUGAUAAAUAAACAUGUUAAUAAGAACAAACGUGAAAAGACCCGAAGAUUAUAUGCUCAUCUUGACCAACAUUGAGUACAAAACGUGCGAAAAAUAUCAGAGUUUUGCAUUUUCCGAAUCUAUUAACUUUGUAACAGCUAUGCGAUAUAACUGUACGAUUGCAUAUACAAUAUAAUAACUCUGCAACAUUUGUAUGUACAUAUAUUUACAUAUAUGUGUUGCAGAUUUAUAUUCAGAUGUAAUCGUGCACGAUACGUGUACAUGUAUAUAUACGCUAAAAUAUUAGUGCUUAUAUUUUGUAA